UCCGCGUCACCCAGUGUCGGCGGGUGGCGGUUGGGGUCGGGCCAAUGGGGAAAAUGGCGGCUUCGGCCGGUGGGCACCGGCCUGCGGCUGGGUGUCGGGCUGGCCCCUAGGAAACUUAGUGAGAACCCAGCGGGCACCUCCUGGUUUCGUCUUUCCCCGAGUUGGCUGUUACAGAGGGGACGAAAGGAAAGGGAUGAGGAAAUGGGAAACCGACUCACUUUGAGUAUGUCAAAAAUCCUAACUUCCGAAUGGCACCGUGCAGAUGAUAGGCUAGUGUUCAUUUUUGGCAGGAGAAUAAAUGUUAGAGUAAGCAUUGAACUGCAAUCAGUUUCUAAUCCAGUUCAUAGAAAGGAUUUGGUUAUUCGUCUGACUGAUGAUACAGAUCCAUUUUUUCUGUAUAAUCUUAUUAUAUCUGAGGAAGAUUUUCAAAGUUUAAAAUUCCAGCAAGGUCUUCUGGUAGACUUCUUAGCUUUCCCACAAAAAUUUAUAGAUCUCCUUCAACAGUGUACUCAAGAACAUGUUAAAGAAAUUCCAAGGUUUUUGCUACAGUUAGUUUCUCCAGCAGCUAUUUUGGAUAAUUCACCUGCAUUUUUAAAUGUGAUAGAGACAAAUCCUUUUAAGCAUCUUACACAUCUCUCACUAAAACUCUUACCUGGAAAUGAUGUGGAAAUAAAGAAAUUCCUAGCAGGUUGUUUGAAAUGUAGUAAGGAAGAAAUAUUAUCAUUGACACAAUCACUAGAUGAUGUUACUAGACAACUGAACUUGACACAAAAGACAUUAUCAGAAAAAAUACAAGAAUUAGAAAAGUUACGGAAUGAAUGGGAAUCACACACAGCAUCAUUGACAAAUAAGCAUUCUCAGGAACUGACGAAUGAGAAGGAAAAGGCUUUACAGGUACAAGUUCAAUAUCAACAGCAGCAUGAACAACAGAAAAAAGAUUUAGAAAUCCUCCAUCAACGAAAUAUCCACCAGCUACAGAACAGAUUGUCAGAGUUAGAGGCACUUAAUAAAGACCUAACUGAAAGGAAAUAUAAAGGAGACUCCAGUAUUAGAGAACUUAAAGCAAAACUUUCUGGUGUUGAAGAGGAGCUGCAACGAACUAAGCAAGAAGUCCUCUCUUUGCAAAGAGAGAAUUCUACGUUAGAUGCUGAAUGCCAUGAGAAAGAAAAGCAUAUUAAUCAGCUACAAACAAAAGUGGCAGUUUUAGAACAAGAAAUCAAGGAUAAAGACCAACUUGUUUUAAGAACAAAAGAAGCAUUUGAUACAAUCCAGGAACAAAAGGUGGCUUUAGAAGAAAGUGGUGAGAAGAAUCAGGUACAACUGGGAAAACUUGAAACUACGAUAAAAUCAUUAUCAGCAGAACUUCUGAAGGCAAAUGAAAUUAUUAAGAAGUUACAAGGAGAUUUGAAAACCCUAAUGGGCAAAUUGAAACUGAAGAAUACAGUUACUGUUCAGCAAGAAAAACUCUUGGCUGAGAAGGAGGAAAAAUUACAAAAGGAACAAAAGGAACUACAAGAUGUUGGACAGUCUCUUCGAGUUAAGGAGCAAGAGGUAUGCAAAUUACAAGAACAGUUAGAAGCUACAGUUCAAAAACUUGAGGAAAGCAAACAACUUCUAAAAAAUAAUGAAAAGUUAAUCACAUGGUUAAAUAAAGAACUAAAUGAAAAUCAGCUAGUGAGAAAGCAAGAUGUGUUGGGACCUUCUACCACUCCUCCUGCACAUUCUAGCAACAACACAAUCAGAAGUGGAAUUUCUCCUAACCUGAAUGUGGUUGAUAGUAGGCUGACUUACCCAAGCUGUGGGAUUCCUUAUCCUGUCUCCUCUGCAUUUGCAUUCCAGAAUACUUUUCCUCAUCUGUUAUCUGCCAAAAAUACCAUCCACCCAGUUUCAGGACCGAAGGUUCAGUUUAACUUGCAGUUUACAAAACCAAAUAUAUCACUAGGAGAUGUUCAGUCAGGAGCAACCAUUAAUGUGCCUUGCUCAACUGAUAAGGAAAAUGGUGAAAAUUUAGGAUUGGAAUCUAAAUACUUGAAGAAAAGAGAAGAUAGCAUUCCUUUACGUGGACUGAGCCAGAAUCUGUUUAGUAAUUCAGAUCAUCAGAAAGAUAGCAAUCUAGGAGUGAUGCAGACAUCUUCCAAACCCACAGUGCUCCCCUCUACAUCUUCGGCCUAUUUUCCUGGGCAGUUACCAAACAGUUAAUUCUAGCAUUGUCUUUUUACUUUCUGUUGACAUUUCAGAAACUCAGGUGUUUUAAAAAUAUCUUAACAGGCAGAAGUCAAAUCCUAACCAGGCAAGUUUCAGAUUUUACUUGAGCUACCUACCAUUAGACUGUUUAGAUCCUUAAUACUACUACUGGAUUUAUAGCACACAGUUAAAAAAACAAUAAAUUUAUGUUCAGGGAUUGGUAAAGAUGCCGAGUAAAAGAUAUUUUGGUCUGUAAACAUGUUGUUUUACAAAAUAACAGGAUGAAUUUUAAACUAAUUAUUAGAAUUUCAGUUCUAAGGGAAGAGAUGAUCCUUACAGAGGAUAUUCUAAUCAUUUAGAAGGUAUGAGUAAAUUGCAGCCUGCACAAGAAAAUAAUACUAUGAAAGAAACCAAAGAAUGCUAAUAAUUCAGUUUAUUGUUUUCAUUGAUAAAAUGUGUUAAGUUUGCCACCUGAGGAUUAUGAGGAAAUAGAUUUUCUCUUAAGAUUAUCUCUAUUAUUGAUAUUGAUAUUAAAGGGAAAAGUCCUAAAGCUACCUUGAGUGAAAUGAAUUAAACCUUCAUAGCAAGCAAAUAUGAGUGUUUUUCUUGUAACAUGUAAGUUAGCAGUUAAGUCUGUUAAAUAACUUUUGAUGUGCUUAUUAGGCCAGGUGUGGUGACACAUGCCUGCAUUCCCAGCUACUCCGGAGGCUGAGGCAGGAGGAUCACAAGUUCAAGGCCAGCAUGGGCAAUUUGGUGAGACCCUGGGUCAAAAAAAAUAAAAGGGCUAGGAAGUAGCUUGGUGGCAAAAGGCUUGCAUAUGCAUAAGGCCUUGGGUUCCAUCACCAGCACAUUAGAAAAGUAAAUAAUUUGGAUAAUAUUUUUACAUGACCAAAUUAGUAUAUGGUACUUUUACACUGGAGCUGAACCAUUUAUAGGAUUUUAGUGUUUUCUAUAAGUUUAUACCCAUCCUGUCCUUCUCCUUAAUUGGAAGUUUUAUUGUUAUGCAGUUAAAUCUGUAUCAGUGGGAUUUGGUUUUAAUAGCUCUAUACAAAAUCUUUACUAGAAGUGCAUCAUGGAUAUUCAUUGUCUUUGUUUCUAAAAUACCAGAACAUGGCUUCCUUUUAAUGUUUACUUGACAAAGUAGACAAAACUGUUAAAACUUUCUUCUCUUCCCCAUUACUAAAAGUUUCAGGUUAAGAACAAUUCCUAUGGAGAAAAAUUAGGUGAUUUAAAAAAUUUCACCCAGGAUCAUAGAGCCCAUUAUCUUCUUGUUGACAACCAUCCAAUACAGAGUACAUUCUCAAAAAUAACCUAAAUUUGUUUGCAAAUUUUGAAACUCAUUGCUUGUGAUAAUGACAUACCUAUAUCACUGGGUUCAUAAGAAUUGUUGCUAAAUAUUUUUAAAAUACUUAUACUUUGAAAUUGCUGGCAAUUGUCUUUAAGUGAGGGAUCUAAACAGAAUAUUGAGUAACUAGUAUUAGGUAGCAACUUUUUUUCUCCCUCUAUUAGAUAUACUAUAUUAGUAAGAAUACUCAAGUUACAAUAACUUGAAAGCACUUAUUCUGGAAAGAAGUCUUUUGGUAACAUAAGAAUCUGCUUUGUUGUAAAUACUAUGUAAUAUAUAUAAAAAACCACUGUGACAGGGUUUGGAUGGAAUAUACGACCCACAGGUAGCUUUUUUUUUAAUGUGUCCUUUUCCAUAUACAUAAAUUGAAAUUGAAUUUCUAAGAUAGGAUAGAGAUCAUUCUGACAUUAACUUACUAAAGACUGUUUGUAUUAAAUGUACAUAUGUAGACUUCUGAGUGAUAAUUUUUUGCUCUACCUCUUUUAUUUGAAAUUGUAUUCCAGUAUAAAAUUGUACAUGUGUUAAUAAUCCAAAGGUUACAUUUAAUGUUAUUUCUAUAAACUGAGCUUUGUUAAUAAAGUAUUAAAAUUAC